AGUCGAAUUGCGUUCAAGCUGUCAAAACGGUAGUUAUUAUUAUAGAAAUUUCCGAUAGUCGAAGAUUUUUUUUUAGAAUGGCUGCAAAACAAGAGACUGAACGGUUCUCGCCGGAAAUGAACGCCUGCAAGGUCAUUAUGAAAAGGUUGUUCUCCAAUACCUAUAAGAAUAUUGCUUGGGUUUUCUACGAGCCACUGGAUCCCCAGCUGCUGGGCCUCCACGAUUACCAUGAGAUUGUCCAGGAACCCAUGGAUCUGUCCACCGUGAGGCAUCGUUUGAAUACGGGUUGCUAUCUCAAUGCCGUGGAUUUCGCCAAUGACAUUAGGCUGAUUUUCUACAACACCUAUCUGUACACGAAUCCCGAUCACCUCUGCUACCACAUGGCCAAACAGCUGCAGAUCAUCUUCGAGGAUAUGUUCGCCCAUGUGCAGCUCUACAUCAUCUCCGGCAGUAGAGUGCGUGCCGAAGAAGUGACGUCCUCGAGCUCCUCAGAUGAAUCGGACUCAUCAUCGUCGGAGAACGAGGUGAGCUCCCCGGAGGUGUCCUCCCCCCCCAUAAUGGGUGCGCCCCCCGAAUGUACUCCGAGCCCCGAAUGUACUCCGACCCGCGAAUCGACUCCGCCGGCACCCUUGGGAACUUCGGAGCAGCAGGAGCCGUUCACAGCCGAGGAGGACCUUGAUCUGCACGCCAAGAUUCAGCAGCUGGACGGCGAGGUGCUGCUCCACGUGAUCCAUUUCAUCCAACGCAUGGAAGGCGCCGAGUACUGCAACAAAGAGCUGGAGUUCGACAUCUGUAAACUGAAGGGGCACACCAAGCGCUGCAUCCUGGAUUAUUUGGCCAACAAGGGGUUCACCGGCAAAAGAGCGGCCUGCACCAAGCCCAAAUAUAACUAAGUUCCAGAUUGCAAAAGAGUUUUAAUUUAUUGUAAUCUAGUCCUUCUUGCCCAAAAGCCUCUCCUGCUCCUUUCUCUUGUCGCGCAUGGAGCGGUAGUUCCGGAAAUCCCCAUUCCACGUCUUGUUACGCAUGAUCUCCAGCGGAUUGGAAGCUAUGUACGCGAAGAAGGUCUUGCGAGGAGGUCCUCCAGGCACCAGAUAGUUACCCAUGGCGUACCAGGCGGAGCUC